AUGGGAUUACUGCUUCUACAAGGAUUUCCAUGUAUGCCUGUGUAUGUGUGUGAGCCAGGGGACGCUAAGAUGAAGAGUGUCAAACAUGUUAUAGAUGAGAUCAUGCAGCAGGAGAUCCGGCCGCUGCUGGCUGUGGACAUCAUAGAGCAGCUCCACCGCCAGUUCGCCUUACUCUCAGGAGGGCGAGGGAAAGAUGGCGCCCCCAUCAUUAUUUUCCCAGAGUACUCGAGCUUCAGUGAGGUGCCGGAGGAAGACUUCCUCAAUGUUGUUACCUACCUGACCAGCAUACCCAGCCUGGAUGCUGCCAGUAUCGGCUUCAUCAUCGUCAUGGACCGGCGGAAGGACAAAUGGAGCUCAGUGAAGGCCUCUCUGUCCAGGAUCGCUGGGGCGUUUCCUGGAAACCUGCAGCUGGUGUUGGUGCUGAGGCCGUCCAGGUUCUUCCAGAGGGCCAUAUCAGACAUUGGGUUCAAGAUGCACAAAGACGACUUUAAAAUGAAGGUACCGAUCGUGAUGCUGAACUCAUUGUCAGACCUGCACAGCUAUGUGGAUAAGGGCCAGCUGACGCGGGAGCUGGGAGGAUCUCUGGAGUACUGCCACAGUCAGUGGAUACACCACCGCACUGCCGUCGAGAACUUUGCCAUGACAGUGAAAACCACAGCCCAGAUGUUGCAGAGGUUCGGGUCAGCUCUGGCAGAGACGGAGCUGCCCAAUGACGUCCUGUGCACCAAAGACCUGCUCACAGCACACACCGACAAACACACCAACCUCAAGGAUGAACUGAAGAUAGCUUUGAAGCAGGGCACCACCUUGUUAGGGUGUAUCAAGGAGCAGGCGGCCAAGUCAGAGAACCACCAACUGAACCCAGACGAGGUGGAGAACCAAACCACUGUGGAAAGGCUCCUAGCCCAGCUGGAUGAGACGGAGAACGCCUUUGAACAGUUCUGGUGUAAACACCAUCUGAAACUGGAGCAGUGCCUGCAGCUCCGCCACUUUGAACAGGACUUCAGAGAGGUUAAAGUGUCUCUAGACAGUUUGAUGGACAGUCUAACCGGCCUAUCAGAUAUUGGGGAUUGCGUGGCCAGAGUUGAAUAUCUGCUCAAAGAACUGAAGACACUGGAGGAGAAGGCUCUGCCCACACUAGAGAAGGCCCAGCUCCACGCACUGCACGGAGACCAGCUGAUCCAGAGCGACCACUACGCUGUGGACUCUAUCCGACCCAAAUGCGUGGAGCUCCGGCGGGUCUCUGACGACUUCAGCAACGAGUCCAAUAAAAAGACCGAUGUCCUGUCCAAAUCCCUGCAGAUACACAUGGGCAUUGAUAAGGUUAACCAGUGGUGUGAGUCUGGCAUCUACCUGCUGGCCUCCCAGGCUGUGGAUAGGUGUCAGUCACAGGAAGGGGCGGAGUCAGCACUGACGGACAUAGAACGCUUUCUGGAGUCUGCGGAAAACACUGAACUGACUGAACUGAGGAACCUUCACAAUCAGUAUGAGGUCGUCCUGUCCGAGGAUAUCAAGGCCAACGUCCUGAAGGCCCUGAAGCGCCUGGAGGACGUGCAGGAGAUGUUCCAGAAGCGGCACGUCAGUCUGAAGAGGCUGUCGGCCAAACAGACACGGCCCGUCCAGCCCGUCGCCCCACGGCCCGAGUCCUCUCCCAAACGGCCACCUCUGAAGACCCCCCCCAGGACCACAGGGGCCCAGCAGCCACUGGCUCGCAGAUCGUCUGAUAACACCAACAGUGGCAAGCCGCCAGUCGAAGCUGACCCCAAGAAGAAGAACAUACGCAAAGCCAAAGGAGGCAUCAAGAUUGAGGUGAUGCACGAGGAAAGCCAAGGAGGCUCCACCCACGUUGUUGUGACCAGUGAGACGGCGGAGAGUCUAUCCAACAGACGCAGACACAUCAUGACGGAGCUGAUUGAAACAGAGAGGCUGUAUGUGGAGGAGCUGCAAAGCAUCAUGGAGGGUUAUUUUGCAGAGCUGGAUAACUCCGAGCUCAGCCACCUAAUCCCCCCCACCCUGGAGAACAAAAGGGAUGUGCUGUUUGGCAACCUGCCAGCCAUAUACGAGUUUCACAACAGGACAUUUCUAAGGGAGCUGGAGAACUGUGCGGAGAAACCAGAGCUGGUGGGGACGUGUUUUCUGAAAAGGAAAGAAGAGCUUCAGGUGUAUGAGAAGUACUGCCAGAAUAAACCCCGCUCUGAAGUCAUCUGGAGACAGUGUGGAGACAGCCUCUUCUUUCAGGAAUGCCAGAAGAACCUGGACCACAAACUCUCUCUGGAUGCCUACCUGCUGAAGCCUGUCCAGAGGAUCACCAAAUACCAACUCAUGCUCAAGGAGAUGUUGAAAUGCAAUAAAGGCGAGGGGACGGCUGAGCUGGAGGAGGCUCUGACCACUAUGCUGGACAUCAUCAAGUCUGUCAACGACUCCAUGCACCAGAUAGCCAUCACUGGUUUCGAGGGAAACCUGAGUGAACUGGGAAAGCUGCUGAUGCAGGGAUCCUUCAACGUGUGGACCGACCACAAGAGAGGCCACAGCAAGGUGAAGGACUUGGCCCGGUUUAAGCCGAUGCAGAGGCAUCUGUUCCUGUAUGACAAGAUGAUGCUAUUCUGUAAGAAACGAGAAGAGACGACAGACGGACACGACAAGACCCCGUCCUACAGCUUCAAACACUCUCUCAAGAUGAGUGCAGUGGGGAUCACAGAGAACGUGAAAGGUGACAUCAAGAAGUUCGAGGUGUGGUACAACAGCAGAGAGGAGGUUUACAUCAUACAGGCUCCUUCCAUGGAUGUGAAAAACAUGUGGGUGUUGGAGAUUCGUAAAGUUCUUACAGGCCAACUCGAGGCGUGCAGAGAAGCAAGCCAGCACAACAUCUCUGGGGCCCCGAUGAGGAAUGUCUACAAGAAGGCGCUGAGACAGUCGGAUUCAUCAAGUCCAGAGUCAGGCUUGAGGAGAUCCAACCCCAGCCCUAACAUGAGGCAGAAGAGAGUUGAUGCUUCAGCCAGCCAAUCAGGCCUCUCGGCUGCUAACGCUAGGAAACGCUUCACCUUGCAGGGACUUUCCAACAGGAGGUCUCUUCAAGCAGCUCCUGCUGCUAAGGAGGCAGAGGUCACCCGUCGCUUCUCUCUCGCCUCCUCCCUAACCUCCUCUUCCUCCUCCACUUUCGCCGCACGACGCACAAAAGGUCCCCUGUCUGCUAGCAUAAAGAGCAAAAGACAUGAGAUAAAGAGUGAUCCCACUCCAUUUGGUUAUGAAGAUACUUUGCGUGGUGCUAUGGCUGCAGUCAGGAAGCGUCAGAGCCUGAUUAGCAGCACUGCUACUGCUGCUAGCGCCACUUCAACUGUCCCUAGAUCCACAUCCCAACCAGGUUGGGCCCAGCGGCGUCACCCUUCCAUGGACACAGACGACUUUGAGACGAUCCCCUCCAGUGCUGAGGAAUCCUCCAACUCUUCAGAAGAAGAAGGCAACAAUAAAAAUGGAGACAGCAGUCGUUACCGGGUGCAGCUGACCUACCAGUCCCGUGAUGCACAAGAUCUCUCUCUGGGGACGGGGGACCUGGUCCAGUUUCUGGAGGAGGCGGAGAGCGGACACUGAUAUCUUCAGUGAUCUGUGUACAGCAAUACUCUCUGACUCGGAUGAAAAUGAAGCCAGUACGUGGGGAGAUGUGUCUCAAGACAGCUGAUGAACCUGGCUGACUAUAUUGGACUACAACAUUUUUUGUUGGAUCACAAACAUGGUUUUUCAACCACAGUUUCCUAGUUUUCUACUUGUAGUUAUUCAUGAUGGACUACAAAUAUGCCCUGCUAUCCUUUUUUCAACUGUUUUCAUGUCUGACACUUUGAAGCUUCUCUGUGAAGCCUCUGGAAAAAGCUGGAACCUUAACAUGCCAGAAUGCCACAGCGGGAGAGUGGAGUGCUACAUCUGUAAGACUUUUAAUUCUAAGAACUACAAGCUGUCAUCUGUGGAGAUUGAAAACCUGAAUCGUUGUAGUUAUUGGAUUUUACUGGAUUAACUCUAUUGUACUGUAGACAAUGCAACUCCAGAGUGGUUGGGCUGAAUACCUAAAACACUCAGUUCCCAUUUCUGACUUUGAAAACCUUAGGGAACGUGAUAAAGUCUGUGUGCUGGUUGUGAGCAGACCUUGGCAAGGUGCCUUGUUUAGCUGCUACACUUCGCUGAAGUAAAACUCUUUCAGACCAGGUUCUGCCUCUGCUGCCCUGCUUUAGUCGCUCAACUCUUCAGGUUCAAACUAUGACACCUUGCAGUAGCUGCAUGCUCCAGAACAACUUUGAAGUUGUCUCACUUGCCUUUACUCACUCUUGUAGAACCCCACAUAAUGUCAUUACGUUACAUCAGAUUAUGUUAUCUCAAAGUGUCAGCUCUUGCACCCUGUAGACUUGCAAAAGAAAUAUCUCCCCUUCAUACUUGAAGUUACCCCAGAUAACCCUGUCAUUAUAAAAGAAAAAUAAUUUACAUUGGUUUUAUUCAAUCUGAAAUAACUUAGGGCAUGUCCUCACAUGUGUCAUACAGAUAAAAUAUGAUGUUUUGGUCGGAAACCUUUUAUAUGUAAAUCAUUGUUUAUUUUGAUCCAUGAUGCCAUUUUUGGCAUAGAAGGUUUCAUGGUUGGAGAUGUUAACAUUUUGUACAAUUUUUCCAAGGUCCAAGAUGUGGUUCUCCUAAUUGACUACUUAUUAUGUUUGCUAUAAUGCAUUUACAUGUUCAUCUUUAGCAAAAAUAACAACAUUUUAAACAGUAAGUGAUAUAGGAAUAUCACACUAUCUGUCACUCACUUAGGACAUUUGAUUGAUUACAUAAUUUAUCUCAACAACAUUGGCAUCGACUCAUAGCUAGCAAUGUUCAUACACAUAUAUUAUCAGCGACCAGAUUGAUUGUAUUUUCACUAUAGAUACUAUGAAGAAUCUGAAUACCGGUUGUGUAGCUGAAUUCAAUAGAGCGGUGCAGCGAUGACAUAUUUUGGGGUUUCCUCGACAAUAUUAGCAACAGGAUUUGUCCAUUCGAUUUUAGAAGGGUUCAGAAAAUAAGCUCUUUGGCAAACACAUAUUUAAGAUUAUUUUUGAAGCCUUAAUACAAUCCGCAGGAGUAAAAGCUAACCUUAGGUUAUAAACUAACUACAUCAUGGUCGAACGGCUUAGUAUCAAGACCACUAAGCUAACAGCAGACUUGUGUUUAGCAUGAACAUUUUUUAGCCAAUUGUUAGCAACCUCUGUUUUUAUGAAACAGAGAAGCUAUAGAUAUUCACAACUUGGGAAUUUACUGACCAACUUUAUGUUGAAGAACAACACUUUGACAUUUUGAAGUUUCUGUCCCACAGGCCGCAUUUCAGGAAUCUAACCCAAAACCCAGGAAGAAAGUGCUAAAAUGCUAACUCAUUUCUGCGUUUUAGUACUUACUACUGCACUACUCUAUAGCCCAGCUUUGCAUCAGCAUUAUCAGAUUCAGAGUCUUGUGAAGUCCAAGUUGAAACCAGUGUUUUUGUUACUGAGAUAUUAGCAAUUGUUAGCUAUUUGUAAGCUUCAGGUAAGCUAAGCUGCAAAGUCAUGUCAGGGAACUGGCAAUUUGCUGCAAGUGAUUUUUCAGGGAGAUGCUUGUUAUCAGGCUGCACCCGGGCUGUUUCCUACCCACAGCUGUAUAGGAUUCACUUUUCCAGAGAGUAUAAUGGCUCUGUACACUGAAGUUUCAUUCAUGGAGAGGGAAUGGAGAACAUUACAGUAAAUGUAAAUAACUGCCAUUGCCAGUCUAACAUUGCAUCAUUUUCGGCUGAAGAUCAAUUGUUCUGUAUGUCCGCUGUAAUGUUGUACACCAUUUUCCCUAAGAGGCUUUCGGCAUUGUUUUGCAUAUCUACUGAUAGAUUGAAUUCUACGGACUAUUUACUGAGAAAUCUCAGACAGCAUCACUGUACUCCGGAUAGACGGCAUGUCCCAGAUAGCUUCCUACACAUACUCAUUUACUUAUGUAAAUGAAAGGAGAAAUCGAGAUGAUCUUAUAGUCUGCAUAUUCACCUGAGGACUGAAUACAUAACUGGAAUCAGUCUUUAAAAGCAACGCCCCAACGUUGAUAGGCAAAUAAAAAUGAUGCAUAGAUGGAUAGGUAUAUUGGUGGAUAUAUGGAAGUAUAAAGUAGGUAGGUGGAUGGAUGGAAGUAUAAAGUAGGUAGGUGGAUGGAUGGAAGUAU